ACUGCUCCUCCUCCUCCUCCUCCUAUGUAAAGGAAAGCGCUUGCAGGGGAAGCGCGCGUCUACUCUCCCUUCGCAGUGUGUGUGUGUGUGUGUGAGAGAGAGAGGGCUGGCACCGGGAAAGGAGCUAGGGCGGCGGCGGCGGCGGCGGCUGGAGGAGGUGAGCGCAUCCACCCGCUCGCCUGACAGGUCCCUUUCCCGGCAGAGUGGGGGAUCGGGACUUGGAAGGCAUCCCCGCCAGUGGUGCUGGCGGACAUCCCGUACUCCUGGCUGCCCAAAGGCGGCGGCGCGGGGCAGGGGCCCCCCAGGACAUCCGGCAAACGGCUUCUGCAGCAUGAGCAGCAGUGGAAUCGUCCGGAGAACUGCAGCGGAGAAGGAUCGGGCGGCGCAGUUCUUGCUGGCAGCGGUGAUUCUUGGCUGCCUUUGGUGUGCGAUAGAGGCCCAGGUAACAGGAUUACUUGAUGACUGCUUAUGUGACAUAGAAAGCAUAGAUGACUUCAACAAUUUUAAGAUCUUUCCAAAAAUACAGAAACUUCAAGAACGAGACUACUUCAGGUAUUACAAGGUUAAUCUGAAAAGACCAUGUCCAUUCUGGGCUGAUGAUGGCCAUUGCUCUAUCAGAGAUUGCCAUGUAGAGCCUUGCCCUGAGAGUAAAGUUCCAGUUGGAAUUAAAGCUGAAAGUGCUAACAAAUAUUCAAAGAUAGCAAACCAUACCAAAGAACGUGAAGACUGUGAACAGGCUAACAAACUGGGUGCAAUUAAUAGUACAUUAAGUAACCAAACUAAAGAAGCUUUCAUUGACUGGGCCAGAUAUGAUGAUUCCCAGGACCAUUUUUGUGAAUUGGAUGAUGAGAGAUCACCUGAUGCACAAUAUGUGGAUUUGCUCUUGAAUCCAGAACGAUACACUGGAUAUAAAGGGCCCUCCGCAUGGAGAGUAUGGAACAGUAUCUAUGAAGAAAAUUGCUUUAAGCCACGAUCUGUAUAUCGCCCUCUAAAUCCACUGGCACCAACCAAGGCUAAAUUCUUCCCAAGGACCUGGAGUAGGCUGAUGUUGUUGUUUGAAGGAGAGGAUGAUGGAGAAUCUUUUUAUACAUGGCUAGAAGGGCUUUGUCUUGAAAAACGUGUAUUCUAUAAACUUAUUUCAGGACUUCAUGCAAGUAUCAACUUACAUCUUUGUGCAAACUAUUUACUUGAAGAAACAUGGGGAAGACCUCGUUGGGGAUCUAAUGUCAAAGAAUUUGCCCAUCGUUUUGACCCUACUGAAACAAAAAGUGAAGGACCAAGACGACUAAAAAAUUUAUAUUUCCUAUACUUGGUGGAACUGCGUGCAUUGUCAAAGGUUGCAUCCUACUUUGAGCGUUCAAUUGUGGACCUUUAUACUGGAAAUUCACAGGAGGAUACAGAAACCAAGUCUCUCUUGUUAGAAAUCUUCCAAGAUACAAAGUCCUUUCCUAUGCAUUUUGAUGAAAAGUCCAUGUUUUCUGGAAACAAAAAGGAAGCCAGAUCUUUAAAGGAAGAAUUCAGAUUGCAUUUCAAGAACAUAUCUCGCAUAAUGGAUUGUGUUGGAUGUGAUAAAUGUCGGUUAUGGGGAAAAUUACAGACUCAAGGUUUAGGAACUGCUUUGAAAAUCUUAUUCUCCGAAAAAGAAAUAAAGAAUCUUUCUGAGAACAGUCCAUUCAAAGGUUUUCAAUUGACACGGCAAGAAAUAGUUGCUCUUCUGAAUGCAUUUGGAAGACUUUCUACAAGUAUACGAGAGCUACAGAAUUUCAAAGUCUUACUGCAACAAAAAAGUUAACGACGGCUUUGUACCUACUGGUAGAAGAAGCCACUAAUUUAACACCAGGCAAAAGGAAGCCAAUCUUCAUACAAGACUGUUCUAGAAAGGCAAGAAUAUAUAUAAUUCCAACUUGAAUAUUUAAAAUAGAAAAGGUUACAUUGGACAAAAUAUUUAUGGAUAAAAUACCUGGCUUUAAUUAUGUAAAUUAUGUUUGUUUUCAACUGUUUCACUAUUCUUAGUCUCUACUACUUUUGUUUCAUCAUCAUUCAAAAGAACUGUUGCCUCUCUUGCUUUACAUCACCAUGCAGGAACCUCAUCCAGCCUGCAUUGCUCACAUGGAAAAGAUUCUUCUAAAAAAUACCUGGUGGAAAUGCGGCUUUUUAAUGUUUAUUUGGAGAAAUUGAUAUGUAAGAAAAAUGUUUUCUUGCAUUUGUAUUUCAUUUGUUUGUUACAGUCUCUGUCAUGGCCAGUAAAUAUUUUACUAAAAUAAGCCCCUUGGCAUCCAGGGGAACUAGUUAUUGGGGAAUCUCAAGUUAUUUUUAUUAUUUUUGCCUCCUUGCCCUCUUCUCUUCUCCUUUCCUUUUUUAUUUCAUUUUUCUACAGCACAUUUUCUUUUCUGUGAGGAGACAAAACUGGAUUAAAUUACUUUUAUCAGUUUUUAUUCUGAGUGGAUAAUGAAAGGCUUUUCCCAUUAACUGCUGCUAGCUUAAAAAAUUCAGCUCAAACUUUAGAGUCAUAGACCUUAAUCUUCCAUUUCAAAAACCUUACAAAUUCCUCUUAUUCUGGUGCUCUUCUAGUCAAAUACAAUAAAAAAUAAAACUAAAUAUUUUCACAGACAAAUGUCCACUUUUUUAAAAAGAAAAAGUCACUUCCAGAAUUCAACAGAGCACAUUCUAUCUAUGCAAUCUCUAAUUACACCGUUAAAAAUAUAGUCUCUAAUAAAAUGGAUAUUCUAUACAUUUGUUCCUAAAUCUUUAUCUACAAAGGGGGAUCUAGUUAUCAGAGAACUGUUGCGGGUAAUAAACAUUUAAAUUCUUAAUCUGCAGUAGGAAGAAGUCUAUAAAUUGUAAAGGAGCACCUUAUUUAAAAACUGUUUGUAAUGUAAUAUUUGUAUUCUGUGAGGGAAUGAAUGUCAGUUUAAGUACAAUAUACAGAUUUGUACAUAUUUUGCUUUGCUUUGAUAAGUAAAACAGUCUUUACAAAAUUAAAGUGCUCUUAAAAUCUUCUAAUUUAA